AUGUCUUCAUCGACAACCACCCACCCAGCAGCCAGCCAAACAACUACCAAACACGCACACGACGCAUUCAUAGGCGGCCCCAAGCCCAUCCAACUCCACCACAGCCGCCUGCAGCACUGGCUCGUGACCAACAUGGUCUGCUGGCUCAUCAUCCGGGCCCUCGGUUCCGGCAAGGCGACGGUCUCGCUCGACGCGCAGCGCACCAUCGGGAUGACCGCGUGCAUGUGCUUCUUCGGCUCGUUCCUCGGCGUCAUCGUCAUGGCCGAACGGGUCUGGCCGCGGACCUUCAACGUCCGGGGGAUCGGGGGCAUGGCCGUGUUCGCGCUGAUGAUGUCCUCCGCCAUUGGGGGCAACGGCUGGAACAACUGUUGGCACCGCAUCUCGUUUGCCCUGAGCGGCUGGUACGUCGGGUAUGUGCUCGAGACGGUGACGGGGGUCUUCGGCAUGUGUCUGCAGAGCCUUGCAAAUUCUGGGGAGGAGCCGGAUCCUGAGGUUGUUAAGGCCAAGGCGGCUAAGGAGACGGCAGGGACACGGGGGGAAUAG